AUGGAUCAGAGUGUAGAAGAGCUAUUCGGAGCAUUAAGAGAUGCUAGUGCGAGUUUGGAAGCGAAAAGUGCUACGAAGAAGCAAGAUACUUUCGAACAAGAGGAUGUUUUGCAAAUUGACAAGAAUGAUGAUGAAGUAGACACUGAAAGUAAAUUCCAAGAAAUUGAGGCUGGUCUAAAGAAGCUCCCCAAGUUGGAGAAUGGAUUCGAUGUCUUGGCUAAGAAAAAGACGAAGAAAAGUCAGUUGCCGAGUGUUCAGACAAAAGAGCAAGGAAGUUCCAAGAAGAGUAACAAAGACGAUAGUGAUUGGUUCUCCUUACCAAAGCCAGAUGAUAACAUGCGUCGUGAAGUGCAACGAGAUUUACUGCUGAUCAAACAUAGAUCCGCUCUGGAUCCAAAGAGGCACUACAAAAAGCAGCGUUGGGAAGUUCCAGAGAGGUUUGCCAUUGGGACUAUAGUUGAAGAUAAGAGUGAGUUCUACAGUAGUCGUAUGAACAAAAAAGAAAGAAAGUCUACUAUUUUGGAAACACUUAUGGGCGACGAGACCUCGAACAAGUACUUCAAACGUAAAUAUAGCGAAAUUCAGGAGAAGUCCACUAGUGGUAGAAAGGCACAUUACAAGAAAAUAAAAGAAAUGAGGAAGAAACGCAAAUAA